CGCCGGCGAGCACAUGAGAUAUACAGAUAAUUAGUCAUCGCGGUUCGCGACGAACGAAGAUUACAAUAAAAGCUUGAUUCGCGGUCGAUCAACAACUAGAAACAAUGUACUAUACGUAUAACGAAUAUUAAAAAUACAUGGGAGCGAUGAAGACAGAAGAAACAAGAGAAUUGUUGUGUGUCACACUGCCACCACAGCGAUGUACGCUGUUGCUGGCAUCUGGCUCUAUCACAAUUGGUCAUGAUCGUAUACGAACACGAACGUAAAGAUGACAUGUGUAUAUGCGUAUGUGUCUUAUAAUAUGCAACAAUAUCGUCGCGCGAAUCGCGUAUCGAAUCCCGGUUUUAAUACAAUUAGCGUUAAGCGGGGAACCUUGAGGCUUGAGGCUGAUCAGACCCAAAUCUACGUUGCAUCAAAUAAUAAGUACUUCGUGUAUCUAUACGUAUUACUAUACAUAUACUCUAUAUAUAUAAGAUGUACAGAUAUGCAGAAGUUGAAUCAUCCAUAUAUGCUCUAACACACAUGAUUCGUGUUGGUACCAUUUUAACGAAUAUAUUUGUAUGAUUAUCGGAAGAUUCUGGUAAAUUGGAAUUGGUAGCCAAGUAUUACGCGAAAGAAGGAGCGAGAGAGAGAAAAUCAAGAUCGAUGUAUAUAUAAAUAUCAGAAGAAAGAUAUUGUGCACAUAUUUGUCCGUGAAUCUAGGAACAUAUAUCCGAGUAAAGCUUUUUAUAAUAAAAUGUAGAUACGCAUAUAGAGGUUUCAAUAGGCGUAUAAUUAGUGCGCUCGCCCGAGGACGACGACAGCUGAUGAAUUCUCGAAUUUGACACAUAGCGCUGUGUCUCGUACGAAAAUCUGCGUUUGUGUUUCAUUUAUUGUCUCUUUCUUCUCCCCUCUCCUUUUCUUUUACAUGUACGAGCGCGUUGAAGAAUAAAGAAAAAAAUAAAUAAAAGUGUGUUGUGGUAGUGGUGUGUCGUAUCGGGAGCUCUGUCUCUUUUCUGUCAACCGCGAUCGUCGUCGACGUUCUCUCCGUCGACAUCAGCCUUAUCCUCCCCGCCAAAUGAUUCAACCUCUCGUUCCCCUGGUCAUUAAAUCUAGACCCUAAAAAUCCGCGACAAAAACUUUGACGCGGCUUAACCUAAAAUGCGAGGGAUCGUUCGAAAUGCCGAUGUAAUCUUAAUCUACGGUCUUCGGCUAUUAUGCUGGUGUUGUUGCGUCGAGGUUUCCGCUGGUGGCGGAGCCCUCGACGCCGGCGGUCAUCAAACGUUUCCCACUAGAUCUUCUCCCAGUCUUGGAUCUACAGCUGCGGGUCCUGCCAAGAAUGAACCUACGACUUCGCCCAUACCACCCACCAAAAUAACCGCCUUCUCUGGAAGUUACACUGAUGGUUUAGCGAAGGCUGUUGCCCAGGAUGCUGCUCAAUCAAGCGUGGAAACUUGUAACGACGACCUAGCAUGUAUCACAAUGGCAUCUCACGAUCGUCUAGGUUUGGAGGCCAUCAAGUCGCUGCACAGCCAGUUGGACGACGACGCUGACGGGGAUGUUGAUCUUUCGGAAUCGGACGACUUUUUGAGGGAGGAACUUCAAUACGAAGCCGGUUACGAGAGGAGACAGCGAGCCUUCCAUCACAACGACGACAUGCACAUUAGCGUACGAGAAUUGUGGGAGGCAUGGCUACGUUCGGAGGUGCACAACUGGACGAUCGAGCAAACAUCCGAGUGGCUGACCACCAACGUCGAGCUUCCUCAAUACGUUCCUAAUUUUAUACAGCAUCGGGUUACAGGUGCCACUCUUCCCAGGCUAGCCGUCAACAACAUGCACUAUUUGAGCAACGUUCUUGGUAUCAAAGAUCCUAUACAUAAACAAAAAAUAGCCCUUAAAGCUAUGGACGUUGUUCUCUUUGGACCACCCAAAGAUACCGGACACAGCCUCAAGGAUUUGAUAUUGAUAACACUAUUGUUCGGAGCUCUCAUCGCCUGUUGGUAUGCCUAUCAGCAAAAAAAGAGCUCCGAGACUCAUGUGCGAAGGUUGGUCAAAGAUAUGGAAGGGUUACACAACGCCGAGAUCGCUUUGGAGGAUUUGCAGAAAGAGUUGGAACGAGCGAGACUCGAGCAAGAAAGUGCGGCGACCGAGAAGGAGAACUUGGAAAAGCGUCUCCAGGACGAGAGUCUCGGACUUCACACUUCGUAUUCGGAUCUCGAAGUGUCUCAGCUGAAAGCCGAAAUUGAGAUGCUUAAAAUAGAACUCCAGCGAGCUGAGGGUGAACUGGAGGACCGUUGUUGGUCUCCGCCAGUUGGGCUUCAACAUUGGUUGCAAUUGACCCAUGAAAUCGAGAACAAAGCCUAUACGAAGAAAAGGAUAUCGGCCGAAAAGCAACUCCAACAGGCCCGUGAGGCGUGUGAAAAAUUGAGGAAAAAACGUUCCAGCUUGGUCGGAGCGUUCGUUUCCACUCACGGCAAAUCGAUCGACGAAGUGGAUAAGAGUAUCGUGGAAGCGAGAACUUCUUUGAACGAAGUAACGGUAGAGCUGCAGGAGCGUGUGCAUCGCUGGAAGCAAAUCGAACUGUUGUGCGGUUUCAACAUAAUUAACAACAACGGCUUGAAUUAUUUGGAAACGAUAUUAUACAGGGGAGCACCGAACGGACGGAGCUUUGCUCUACGUGGACGUAUGAGCAGUCAGGACGAUUUGGACGACGAUGCAAGCUCGAUUUACACGCCAUCGACGAGUGGCGGCGGUGGCGGUGCUGCAGGUGCGACGGAGGCAAUCGGAUGGAAAGAAUCGUCGAUGCCGCCGGAUUCAUCGAGCAGUGAAACCGGCAAAGAGACACCACCGGAAACGAUUAAAUUCAUCGUGGGCGAGGGAUCAUCGACUACUGAUUUGAACGAACAGCAGCAGCAGCAGCCGCAGCAAGAAAGUAAAUCAUCAUCGAGGGAAAAGAUGAUGCUGAGUGGAGGAGGAACGAGUCCAAAAGCGUCAAGCCCUAAGAUGGUCAGAUCCUUCAGCCAGGACGCGAACAUGCUCGUUAACGAGGAAAACAGACAAGCGAGCGUCUCAUCAUUCCUGUCGAAGACCUGUCUGUCGGAGAACAGUCUCGGAGACUCUGCGACCUCGCGAUUUACGAGCUUGAGGAAACAACCGCUCAAGGAAUUGUCGAGCGUACAGCAGUCCGUCGACGACGAGACCCUUUCCACCGAUUCCAAUUCUACCGCUGACAAUGACGAAAUUAGACGACGACGGAGGAAGCUCCAUUUUCCCGCUUUUAGAAAGAACAAAACCAAAACCACGUGAUAAAUUGCCCCGUCAUUAGAUUUCAAAUAACCGUGCUCCAUUGAUUUUCGAGGAUUUUUAUCCGCGACCUGCGCUUCUCUAUCGAUAAACACCUCUCUUCGUAUUCAUACGCACGCGAUUUAUAAUCCUAUUCGUAUGAAUACCUUUCUUAUCGUAACAUUCAAGUUGCAGAAUGAGAGUGAGAGUGAGAGCAAAAGAAGGCGCCAAGGAGACGUAUUUAUCGACCUGAUUUGCAAACAGCGUUCGAGAGGACAAAUUCUCUGAAUUAACUGAGAAAAUCUUUUCCUCCAUUUCCCCGGAGCAGCAUCUCUCAUUCGAAAGCACCGUCGUACGAUCUGAAAUAUCAAAUAUCCUCAAAAAUAACGAUACUUCAAACGAAUGCGAAUCUCACGAUGUUUUGUUGUAUUUAACAAAUUGCAUUGUUAUUAUCCAUACCGAGGCUCUCUCGUCUAUCAUAUUACUUCACGUCCACCCAAAAACAAACUUAUUUUCUUACGUGGGAUUGUGAAUCGAACCAACUAAUCGAGACUAUUUCCGAAAAUAUAAUUUAUAGUGCGAUUUCGUAACGGUGAAUGGGAAUCCUAGAAGAAUGAACAGGGUUUUGGGAGGUCGGUUGAGCGACACGGGUCUGAAACAAAAAGCAAGAAACAAAACAAAGUGUACUUCCUAUAUUUAAACAUAUAUAUAUAUAUAUAUACACAUAUAUAUAUAUAAAAAGAGUAAAUCGUUAAUCGCGCGGAUGUAUAUUAAUUAUCGUAUAGUGCUCAAGAUGUCGAAUACGCACACUGAUAACACCUUCGAUUAUAAAUUCAUUGGAAUUGAUGUCGGAUAUAUCGAGACGUAAAAAUGAUCACUGUAAUAUAAAAAUUGAUUGCAAGAUUAGAAUUACAUGGGAACUGAUAAUUUGUUGUACCGCCAAACUAAUUGUUUAGAGAGGAGAAAUCGUUGCAUCGUCGAUCAAGACUCGACAGUCGAUAAAUCAUGUUUUUGUCGUUGAAUUGCAUUCACGUUUUUUUCAUAUAAAUAGCGGUAAUAAUAUUGAAUGAAAAGUUGAAAAAAUGAGAGUCUGAUCGACGUGCUCUCAUUGUGCGUAUUCAACAAUCCUAAUACAUACGUAGAAAACGAAAUUGUGUUAUCGAGUGAGAUAUUUGAGGCUCUAAUGCAUGUACGAAACGAUUACGAACGUUUACGAAAAUAUUACAAUGUAUCAAUGCAAAUACGUUUUGUAUACAUACAUAUAAUUAUUUCAUACAAGUGGGCAUAUUUUAUGAGAGUUUAUGGAAGGGAGCUUCGUGCACGCUUUUCUACGAUCGGGGUACGCGAGAAUCUUCCAGGCUGCAAUUUUCUAAAUGCUCGCUAAGAGAAUUAUCUUCCAUUGGUUUUAUCGAUCGAAUUGAUCUUCAAAAGGCUGAUCGAGAUGUGGGGUUGCACUAAUUUAUUGAAGUAAUAAAAAGGGUCAUUUGUCGGUUGCAGAGGACAAGUGUCGCUCGUACGAUGUGCCCGCUGGCAAUGAGCGGGACGUUUUUGUUGCUGAAAUGAUUUUACAUUGAAAAGUGAUAAUUUGAGUAACAGAACGAUCGUAAAACUUGAUUUGAUGGGCGAAAUUUUGGUUUUAUUUCUUUUUAAGCAACGAACGAACUUGUGUACUUAAUUAUGCAUCGUCUUUUUUCGUAAUUUUUUUCGCUGCUUUGACAAAUCUCUAGGAUUUUUUAAUCACGACCGAAUUCUAUGUAUCCGUGAAUUAAAGCCUUCCGCAUCCAUCGUAAUUCUGCUUUAUUUUAAUGUUUGGCCAUUUUAAACGAACUUUGUUGAAGAAUCUUUGGAAAAUUGUGACCUGGCUUUCGAAAGCUCUCUCCCCCAGCUGAGCUGAAAACACCUCGUGACUAGUAUCUUUCAUUAUGCCAAAAUUCAUCGCGCAUAGUGUAAUUCUAGGCUAGCAACAAAAGUAAUAAUAAUAAUAGCAUAACAGCCAGCACCUGAUAGACCCCCGGUACAUUGCAGUUCCCCUCGAGUUUCUAUUUUAGAAAGACACACCGCUAGGCCACCACUCGACGCGGACGACUAAUUUACGUUUCGGUGAGAAUUAAUUUGUACGCACUUGGACGAUUCGCUCGCGCGGGGAUGCUGAAGUUUGUACACGCGAGCGGAUCACCUUGGUGGACUCGAAAUAAUAAGGAAACUCGAAGAACUGAAACCGAGUCCGAUUUCUGCGGACUAAAAAUGGUUGUAGCACAUGUACCAUCACUAAUACACACCAUAUAUUUUCAUAAAGUUUUUUUAGUGAUAUUGAAAGUACAUAAAUACGAUAGUAUUCGUUGACUCUCUUGAUAAAAAUCCAAAAAACGCCUUCCGUUGGUCAUGUAAUCAUUCGAUAAAUGUCAUUUUUCAAUAAUAACGAUUUUUUAAAUCACGAA